AUGCAAAAGGCUGAUGAGAAGGUAGUGUUGCCACCUGAUUACAUAUUACUUGGGACAAAGAUUGCCAAGAAAUUUCCCUAUAUGAAGGCUGAUGAGUGGAAGUCUGGGUGCCUUGUAUACUCUUCUGUAGUUCUAAGGGAUGUGUUGUUAUUGUCAGAGUUCAAUAACUGGAUAGAGUUUGUUAAUGCAUGUAGAUACUUCACCAAGCCUAGUGUUUCCAAAGAAGACAUUGAGAAAGGACACAAAUGCUUAGAAGAAUUCUGUAAAGGGUGUGAGACAUUGUACGACCUGGACCUUCUCUCUCCUAAUAUGCACUUGCAUCUGCACUUACACCAAACAAUGAUUGAAUUUGGACCCAUCUAUGGCUAUUAG